CAUGGUUGCCACCUGAGGGCAGAAUUAAGGCUGUGUUUACUGAGGAAAACACAGGCUCCGCUGCACACAGAUCCUUCAGGCACCAUGAAGACGACAGGCGUGUUGCUGCUGUUUGCUCUAGCCCUUUGCUGCAUCCCAGAUACUGAUGCACUGCAGGGCUACUGCAGUGACUACCUGGUACCCAGAGCUGUCUGUACUAUGGAGUACCUCCCACACUGUGGGUCUGAUGGCGUAACAUACGGCAAUAGAUGCUUAUUCUGCAAUGCAUUCCUGCGAAGCCGUCAGACUCUUCGCUUGAGACAUCUUCAAGCGUGUUAACUUCUCGGCAGGCUUCAGCUCAGAAAGAGGAGUCCUCCCUGGCGAUGUUCCCUAUGGCAGAUGCUCCCCUAAAGCCUUGUCCUGAACCUUGAAAGCUCCUGAUGAAUCUUGAAACCUCUGCUUAAUAAAAAAAGCC